AUGAAUACAGAGGAAAGAAAGGCGUUAAUGCUAUCGCAUUUCGGAAAAACCAGUAAGGAGAUGGACGAAGAUGUUAAGUUGAUUAAAGAGUGGUUGAAGACUCAACCUCACCUGCCGGAAAUUCCGAACGAUCACAUCAUCGCUUCUUUUAUAUGGGCUAAUAGAUUUAGUUUGGAAAAAACAAAGCAGAGAAUAGAUUUGUACUACACAAUUAGAUCAAGUAUGCCGAAUAUAUACCAAUUUGCAAAUCCAAAAACUGAAUUUAUGAAAAGAUCGAAAGAAUCAAGCUAUUUGCUUGUGUUCCCGAAAAUGGUAGACAAUAGAUAUCGAGUAACAUUUGUGAAAAUAAAAGAUUGUAUUCCAAAUGACUUUGAUAUAAUAUAUGGAUGGGCUGCUCAAGCCCUAAAUAUCAUGGACGUCGCAUUAAGAGAAAAUGAUAAUUUAAUUUUGGGCAUCAUUGUAUUGGUUGACCAACAAAAUUUCAAAAUGGAGCAUUUGUUGAGAUUAACUCCAACAAUUAUAAGAGACGCUUUAGUAAUUGUAGAGAACCUACUCAAUAGCAAAAUAAAGGAGUUUCAUCUUUUUAACAGCCCGCCAUUUGUGGACCUGUUGUUAAAACUAUGUAAACAAUUUCUUAAACCAAAAUUAUAUGAAAGGAUCCGGUUACAUAAAUCUACCGAUACAUUGUUGGACUACAUUCCGGCUGAAGUAUUACCCAGCGAUUAUGGUGGCAAAGAAAAAUCUGUUGACGAACUACAUGAAGAUUGGAACGCAAAGCUAAAAGAAUACCAAGAAAUGUUUGACCAAAGGGACGUAUUAAAAGUGAACGAAAGUCUUCGUCCCACUCCAUUGGAGGAUACAGAAACUUAUGGAGUUCAAGGCACGUUUAAAAACCUGUGCUUUGAUUAA